CUUGCCGUCUGUUGCCCCAGUGAUUAUGACGCUAGAGAGACUUGCACAGAUUAGCCAGUCUAACAUUUGGCUAACGCUAGCAAACCAACGGUAGUUAGCUAGUAAACGUUACUAAACUAACCUUAAACCGAAGGGUUUAUUACCUGCAAUCAUGUCAUCUGUUUUAGAUGCUCUCUGGGAGGACAGAGACGUUAGAUUCGAUAUAACCGCACAGCAGAUGAAAACUCGUCCAGGAGAAGCUCUAAUAGACUGUCUGGACUCCAUAGAAGACACGAAAGGAAACAACGGAGAUCGAGGAAGACUGUUGGUAACAAACCUGAGAAUCAUUUGGCAUUCUUUGGCCCUGCCAAGAGUCAAUUUGUCUGUGGGUUACAACUCCAUCAUUAACAUCACAACAAGGACAGCUAACUCAAAACUGAGAGGCCAAACUGAAGCGCUCUACAUCUUGACAAAGUCCAACAACACAAGAUUUGAGUUCAUUUUCACCAAUGUUGUUCCAGGGAGUCCACGGCUCUUUACUUCUGUUAUUGCUGUCCACAGGGCCUAUGAGACAUCAAAAAUGUACAGGGACCUGAAAUUGCGAGCUGCUCUCAUUCAAAAUAAGCAGCUGAGGCUCUUGCCCCGAGAACAAGUUUAUGAUAAAAUUAAUGGAGUUUGGAAUUUGUCCAGUGAUCAGGGUAAUCUUGGAACCUUCUUUAUCACCAAUGUUCGGAUUGUGUGGCAUGCCAAUAUGAACGAGAGCUUCAAUGUCAGCAUUCCUUACCUUCAGAUUUGGUCCAUCAGAAUAAGAGACUCAAAGUUUGGAUUGGCUUUGGUGAUAGAGAGUUCACGUCAGAGUGGUGGCUAUGUGCUCGGGUUUAAGAUUGACCCUGUGGAUAAGCUUCAAGACGCACUUAAGGAAAUCAACUCAUUGCAUAAGGUGUACUCUGCCAACCCCAUUUUUGGAGUGGACUAUGAAAUGGAAGAAAAGCCCCAGCCGUUGGAAGAACUGACGGUGGAACAGCCUUUCGAUGACGUGGAAAUUGAGCCUGAUGAGCAGACCGACGCUUUUACUGCUUACUUUGCUGAUGGAAAUAAGCAACAAGACCGUGAGCCGGUUUUCUCUGAGGAGCUGGGCCUCGCUGUUGAGAAGCUGAAGGAUGGCUUCACACUUCAAGGACUGUGGGAAGUCAUGAGCUGAAAUAUAAUUAAACCUAUUUAUUCAUACGUCAGGUUAAAAGUUGUACAGUUUAUGCAUAGGUACUUUUUGAUAAAA